GUGUAUUCCGCACUUUUUGAGCGAUCUCUUCUACUUUUCUGUCAUUGUUUUGCCUGUGACGAUGAGCUCCCCCCCAAAUGAUAUUCCUGUCCUGUCGACCUCGCCGGCUUCGGUGCAAGGCGGUUCUCCAGUUCGUUGCAGGGACAACGUUAGUCCCAGCGAUGACCGUCCUCGACAUUCGCCCACUCUUGCUCGCUCUUUCGACCCCAAUGACCCCCAAGUAGUGGAACGUCAAAGGACCAUGGACGUUGACAUGGCCAUGCAUCUUUCCCGAGCCCGUCGAGAGACUAUAAUCUCAUCUCCUGUCUUAUCACCAUACGAAACUCCAGCUCCUCAGGACAGCUCAUUCCAGCCAAUAUCGGUGCUCUCACCAAAUGAAGAGAACGAGAUUAACAUUGCGCGAGGCGAUGCAGAGGCAGACAAUGCUGGAGAAGAUGCGGCGACAACAAGACGACAGCCAUCCUUCGUCGACUUGCGGGGCCACGUUCAUCAGAGUCACGAUCCAUCCUUGCUUGUCAGUCUUGACACUAACUUCGAACCUCACGAUGAUCCUCCGUCUUCUGCAUUCGGUCUGCCCACAUACCAGGCAAAUGUUUCCCAUGCCAGAUUCGACUUUAGAAUGAUGGAAGAGUUCGCAGAGACAGAAAAGGCAGCGUUGGGUAUAUCAUCCCCAGCAACAAAAUUUGUUCUACCAGAGCCACGUAUUGGGAACUUACCCAACGAGGGUCCUUCAGAAGGAUCAGGUCCUUCAGUCUUCACAAUCCCGACCCCCCGCACGGCUCGCCAGCGCAAGCUCAGUCAGAGCAAUUCGAACCCCCGUAUGCGCAAAGGCAUCGGCAAGAAGCUUGCUUUGUUCGAAGGAAACGCAGGCACAGUUCCUCCUUCUCUUCCAGGUCGUCUCGGGAUGCCAUUUGGUGGCAUCCAGCUCCCUUCCUCGACCGACGACCUCCCUGCUCAAGUUCCACCUGGACCAGGGUUUGGCAUACUGAAUGCUGGCCAUGACCGGCCUUAUCGCUUCUCUUUUUACUCCAACGCACUCUCCGCUACCAUUCAUGCACGAAGUCUUAGCGAGCUACCCGCCGACGGUCAAUCGUUCGAAGACCUCUUUGCCGGUAUUGCGACGGCCUCACCUUCGAAUUCUCGUCCCAAUGCACAAACCGAUGGACGCCAAAGUUAUGCCCCAAGGAACGGGUCGCACGGUUAUUUCCCACCAGCUGAAAAACCCUCUUAUGACAUUGGCAAUAAGAUAACUGGUGGCAUGAUUCCAAAUGGCAACUUUGACGGUUCAACGUGGUGGCUGGAUGUACAGAGUCCUACAGACGAGGAAAUGAAAGUAUUGAGCAAGGUUUUCUCAAUUCACCCUCUCACAACCGAAGACAUCCAGAUGGAAGAAAUUCGCGAGAAGAUCGAGCUUUUCCGCAACUACUACUUAGUCUGCUUCCGCAGUUUUGACCAAGAUCCAUACAGCCCUACACAUCUAGAACCACUCAAUAUGUAUAUUAUCGUUUUCCGUGAAGGUACAAUAUCGUUCCACUUCCGACCCACUCCUCACCCACAAAACGUCCGUCGGCGCAUUAAACAGCUGAAGGACUAUAUCAGCGUCACCUCUGACUGGAUUUCCUACGCUCUCAUUGAUGACAUUACCGACGCUUUCGGCCCAUUAAUUCAAAAUAUUGAAUACGAAGUCGACAGUAUCGAUGAGAUCGUGCUCAUUAUCAAGGAAGCAGAUCAGAGCGACAUGCUUAGGAGGAUCGGGACCUGUAGAAAGAAGGUCAUGGGCUUGCUUCGGCUUAUGGGAAACAAAGCCGACGUCGUAAAAGGAUUAGCAAAGAGGUGCAAUGAGAAUUGGCAAGUUGCACCGACUUCAGAUAUUGGUCUCUACCUCUCAGAUAUUCAAGACCAUCUUAUCACCAUGACUCAGAAUCUCAACCACUAUGAGAAGAUCUUGUCUCGCUCUCAUUCGAACUACCUGGCUCAGAUCUCUAUCGAGAUGACAGAUGCCAACAACCAGAUCAACGAUGUCCUCUCGAAACUGACUGCACUUGGUACCAUACUUAUUCCGAUGAACUUGGUUACCGGUCUUUGGGGAAUGAACGUCCACGUACCUGGCCAGGGUGUCCCAGGCUACUCCUGGUUCAUCUCGAUAAUUGCCUGUCUCGCCACUUUCGCACUCAUCGGAGGCUAUUCGACGUACAAGUUUAUGGUGCGAUAGACUUCAGCAUUCAUGAUUUCAUGAUAUUGUUAUUAUAAUUGUUGUAUUUCUAUCAUCCUGUGACCGCAGUAAUACUGCAAGCAAGGAUAGCGGUGAGGUACAAGCAGUGUGCGUUAUAAUAACCAGUUGUCGGAAAGAACACAUUGCGUCUAAUCAUUAGAUAUGGAAUCAGAUAUUGAUAAACGUAGGCACUUGCACCUACUCCAUUGUUGACCAUUGUAAUACACAGCCUUGAAGUUAUUUACUCGCACCGUAGCGUCGUUCUAGUCGACACGAUUAUAUCUGGGUUCGCUUUUCUUCGUUCACACUGCACAUGUAAAUAACGAGGACGUGUUUCUUCCAGUUUAUAAUAUAGCAUUGAUAUUACA